ACUAUGUGAGAGAAGGAAAAAAAAACAGUGUAUAGCCCUGGUACUCGUAUUGUUUUUUCUUUCAUUGUUUAUUUGCUCAUCAUAUUUAUUCAUAAAUUGGCCGAUUCAUUUGUCAUUGCUGCUAUGUGUUGAACAUACGUGUGUCGUUGUUUCAAUUUUGUGUUUGCCAUUCUAACUUAAUGCGUGUUAGUCUAUCUUUGAAGCAACAACUAAAAACAACCUUACAUAAGUGACAAUCUUCUUUCGGUCAACUGUUUGAGAAUACAAUCAUUUUUGUGUGUUAAUUUUUUUUUGUUGUCAUAUUUUGCCACGACACCGAUCCAAACGAAUGUUUCGUGAGAUAGUGGCCAACAGAUAAUAUUCUUUUUCUAUAAAAGUAUCUCAUUUUGUGAAUAUAAAUUUAGUCGCUGUUCAUUACAUCACAAGACACGUAACAUUUCAUUUAUACUGGGAGGUGAUUUUUCAAACAAGUUUCAUUCUACUCAAACAACAAACGAUAUAUAGUUGGACGAAAUUAUAAAAAUAUUAAAGAGAAAAAUGCAGCGGAUUUCGCCGCUAGUGGCUUUUGUUGCCCUAUCAUCGCUGUUGAUUGGCUAUGUCAGUUGCGUCGGUUUUUAUACAAUCGUCGCUCCCGAACACAUUCGUUCACAUUUGGAUUAUCAAGUAUCGUUAACACUUCAUGAUCACACUGAACCGGCAACCUUUCGCUUGAGCAUUCAAGAUGGCUUGAAAUAUAAAAAUGAAAAAGAAGUCACGGUCAAUUCAAACCAAACGGAAUUGGUUACGUUGCGAAUUGAGGAUUUGGAUUUUUCGAAGGGGUAUAAAUUUGUGGCAGAGGGCAUCUCUGGACUUAUUUUCAAAAAUGAGUCAGCAUUGAAAAUUGAAUCGAAAAAUGUAUCGAUUUUCAUCCAGACCGACAAGGCCAUUUAUAAGCCUGAGGAAACGAUCAAAUUCCGUGUUUUGGUGCUUGAUCAUGAAUUGAAACCGGUGACGCUGCAAUCAGAUAGCCUUCUCAACAUUCAUAUCACCGAUCCGGAGAAAAAUCGUAUCAAGCAAUGGCUCAAGGUGACACCAAAACGAGGCGUUUUCACCAGCGAAAUUCAACUAUCUGAAUUGCCAGUGCUUGGAAAUUGGAAAUUCGAAGCUAAAGUUGGACAAGAGAUCAAAACCAAAGAGAUCGAAGUAGCUGAAUAUGUUUUACCGAAAUUCGACGUCUCAAUCGAUUCACCGACGGAAUUUUCGGCAAAAGAUGGUAAAAUCCGUGCCAUUGUUCGUUCAAAGUACACUUAUGGUAAAUUGGUAAAAGGAGAAGCGAUUGUAUCACUAACACCAACAGUGUCGUAUUCAUAUCGACCGCACAUCAGUCACAACCAAGAUAGUAUUUUGAAAACCAUUCCAAUCGAUGGCAAAGGAACUGUUGAAUUCGAUGUUGAAAAUGAUUUGAAGUUGGAAUUCCCCGAAUACACACAACAGAAAAACUAUGAACUGAAGGCAACGGUCAUUGAAGAGUUGACUGGUCGCAAUCAGUCGACAUCAAAACACAUUACCAUCCAUCAAUCCCGUUACAAGUUUGAGUCACAUGAAUUGAAAAAUGAAUUCAGUCCAGGAUUGCCAAUUACAUUCUCGGUCAGCGUAAAGCAUCAUGAUAAUUCACCAGUUUUGCUGAAUGAGGAAACCAAAUGGAUCACAGUUGGAAAAAUCGUUGAUCGAUACAAUUCAAACGAGCGUGUUACAUACCAUAAAUUCGAGCUGAACGCAAACGGUACUGCGGAUAUCAGAAUACCAACGUUUACAAACGAAACACAAUUAUAUUUACAAGCUAAAUAUGUAGACGAAGAAUCAGAUUUGGGCUUUUUCUAUCCACUUACAAUUGCUGAACCAUCCGAACUAGAAGCUAAAAUCUUGACGAAACGUCCGACCUUGAACAAAAAUAUUUUUGUCGAAGUGCAAUCGAGCCAUUUACUUCAAAACUUCACAUAUCAGGUGAUUGGUCAUGGAAAAUUGAUUUACGCUGAGAAUGUUGCUGUGCCAAAUCGCAAAUAUCACGUAUUCAAAUUCAAAGCAACCUUUGAUCUCGUUCCAACCGCCACAUUGAUUGUUUAUCGCUUCAAAAAUGGUGAAAUCGUCGCUACGAGAACCGAAGUCACGAUUGAAGAUGAUUUGAAUAACUUCGUCAAAUUGAAGUUGUCAACUGCGGAGUCUCAACCAGGCAAAGAUAUCAAUGUCGAUAUAAUCACAAGCCCUGAUUCAUAUGUUGGUUUAAUGGGAGUCGAUCAAAGUGUGUUGUUGCUGAAGAAAAAUGAUGGUUUGACCAAAGAAGAAGCGUUCAGUGAAAUGAAAAAUUAUCAACACCAAUUCCAUCCAACCGAAACAGGACCAUGGAGCGUUGAACCACGCAACUAUAUGAAUGAUUAUUUCAGACCAUUCGAACGCAGCGAUUUCAUUCUCUUUACCAAUGCCAAGCAAGAUAUCUACAAAUACUUUCAGGAUAGAUACUAUUCAACCACUCCUAUUUACAGAAAAUAUCAUGUCAAUAGAUUAGGAGGUGGAUUUGGUUUGGCAAUGGCAGCACCAGCAGCACCACAGGCAUUCGCUGCCGUGGAAAGUUCAUUUGCAGAUAGAGCAACGCUUGAAGAUGCUAUUGAUUCAGGACCAAUUGAACCGCCGAGAGUUCGUACUGAGUUCCCCGAAACGUGGCUGUGGGAAGAUAUUGAUGUGAAUAAUCCAAAUGGAACUGUUACGCUGACGAGAAAGGUGCCAGACACAAUCACAUCAUGGGUCAUUAGCGCUUUCUCAGUUAAUGGAGCAAACGGACUUGGUUUGACGAAGAACCCGAAAACGUUGAAUGUCUUCCAGCCAUUCUUCGUGUCUCUGAAUCUUCCGUACUCAGUGAAGCGAGGUGAAGUGGUGGCAGUGCCGGUCGUCUUAUUCAACUAUUUGAACACGGAUCUCACCGCCGAUGUGGUGCUGGACAAUGAGAACGGUGACUUCGAGUUUGUGGACGAUGUCGAAGGCGAACAUUCAACAAGAGAACGAACAGUAUCAGUUGCAUCGAACUCUGGUGUCUCAUCAACAUUCCUCGUCAGAUUCACAUCGGUUGGACAGAUUCCACUGAAAGUGACGGCCACUUCGGCCGUUGCUGGCGAUGCAGUUGUCCGAAUCUUGCAAGUUGAUCCGGAAGGUGUUCCACAAUUCAUCAACAAAGCCGUGUUCGUUGACCUGCGAGAGGUGGACAAGUUCGAUGCUGUUCAAAACGUCGAUGUUCCCGAGAAUGCCGUACCUGGUUCAUUGAAAAUCAAUGUAAACGCAAUUGGCGAUUUGCUCGGAGGAGCUAUCCAGAACUUGCAUCAGCUCAUUCGAUUGCCCACUGGCUGUGGAGAACAAAAUAUGCUAAAAUUUGUUCCAAAUAUUGUCGUUUUGGACUAUUUGAAAGCUGCCGGCAAUCUCGAUCCGGCUAUCAAAGACAAAGCCAUCAAAUAUUUAUUGAGUGGAUACCAACGCGAGUUGACCUAUCGCCACAACAAUGGUUCGUUCAGUUCAUUCGGUAAACUGGAUCGUAAGGGUAGCACCUGGUUAACGGCAUUCGUUGCAAAGUCAUUCAAACAAGCAGAAGACUACAUCGACGUCGAUAGCAAAGUGAUCGACGAAGCUUUGAAAUUCCUCAGUGACGUGCAAGCCGCCGAUGGAAGCUUCCCAGAAUUCGGACAAGUUUCACAUCAAGUUAUGCAAGGUGGAUCCAGCAAGGGAAUCGCUUUGACUGCAUACACAGCAAUUGCUUUCUUGAAAAAUAAGAAAUCAAAGGAUUGGAAAUAUGAAGAGACAGUGAAUAAAGCAAUUAAUAACAUCGUAUCGAAUAUCAAAGAUAUUGACAAUCCAUAUGCUCAAGCAGUCGCCGUCUAUGCUUUGCAAUUAGCCGAUCAUCCAACAAAAGAUCAAGCUUUGGACGAUUUGAUCAGCAAAUCAAAAAUCAAAGAUCAACAUAAAUGGUGGACUAAAUCGAAGCCAAAUGAACGUCCAUCGGAAUCGAUUGACGUUGAAAUCACCUCGUAUGGAUUGCUUUCACUCAUUGAAGGGAAACGUUUCGCUGAAGCUCUUCCAUACUUCAAAUGGUUGUUGAGCAAACGAAAUGACCAAGGUGGUUUCAUUGGAACACAAGAUACCGUUAUUGGGUUGGAGUCUUUAGCAACAUAUGGUCGAUUCCUAACCAACAAAGACAACAAUGUUGAGCUAAAAGUGCAUUCCACCGAAGACCAUGUUCUAAAGGUGAACAAUGUGAAUGGGCUGGUACUGCAAAGAAUCGAUUUGCCAUCGAACACAGAAUCAGUAGAAUUGGCUGCCUCCGGCCAUGGAUUCGCCUUAUUCCAAUUGUCGUACCGAUACAAUCUGAAUAACAGUGAUGUUUAUACCACAUUCACACUAAAACCCAAAGUACUCGAAACUACGGCGGGCCAUUUGAAUGUUGAAGUUUGCUCAAGAUUUAAUCCAAAGAGUGAAGAUGAGAAACAUUCGAAUAUGGUGAUCGUAGAAGUGGGAAUGCCGAGCGGUUUUCUCGUUGAAAAGGACCGAUUGUCUGAACUUCUGAAAAAGCCACAUGUUAAGUUGGUAGAGACCACAAAUGGCGAAACAGUUGCAAACAUUUACUUCGAUCAAAUGUUGGCAAACGAAGAGAUUUGUGUGCAAGUUCAGGGAUACCGAUCGCACAAAGUUGCCGAAAAUAAGCCAGUACCAGUGCGAAUCUACGACUAUUAUGACAGCUCACGAAGCGCACGAGAAUUCUAUGAAAUUCCAUUUGUUACUUCUUGUGACAUCUGCGAAGGCGAUGAAUGCUCAAAGUCAUGCAAAAAAUAAUUUGCAAUUUCAACGAACUUUGUUUCCGUAAUCAGGGCCAAUAUGAUCCCGACAAAACUGAGCUUAAGCUCAUUCAAGAAUUGUUGAAAAAAUAUGUUCAAAUGUUGAAAUAAAUUAUCAAUUCAAAUAAA